CGGUGCACCAGACACGUUUUCGACAACUGUCAGUUUCUCUCGGGAGUCUCGGGGCGCAGGUGGAUAUCCUUCGUGCGCUUUUUAAAUGUGAUUCCACGGGACGAUCUACGUUUACAUACGUUUAAGGACACUUGUGAUACGCGGAUUCAGAAUGGCUCAGCGUCCUCAAAACUAUGGGUCUACGGAUCAACGGAUGGAUGUACCUGAAAUAGGAUUUAGUCCUACUGAACUUUAUAAUCUCUGUGAAAAUAUUACCGCUAAUAUAUAUAAAAUUAAUUCAAGUUGGAGGUUUUUGGAAAAAACUUACAAAAGCAUUGGAACAAGCAAGGAUACUCAAGAUUUAAGAGACCAAGUACAUAUAACACAGUCAAAUACCAAUCAGAUGGUCACGCAGACGAGCAAGGACAUAGCAAGGCUGACAAUGCUGAUGAGGCGUGGAGAGAAGCAGCAAAAAUUACAAAUUGAAAAACUCACGACAGACUUUAAGGAUGCAUUACAGAGAUAUUCCAGUAUGCAGAAGUCAAUUGCUGAGAAGAUGAAGAGACAUAUUUUAGCUAUGACUAAUAUAGAAAAUUCAAUGGACGCGGAGGAUGCUGAAGAGACACAUCAUCUACUUCUAGCGCAGGAACAAGAGCACAAGACCACACAAAGGACACUCGAGUUUCAACACGGACUACUCUUAGAAAGAGAGGAUAGGAUAAAACGUAUUGAGGGCGAUAUUUUGGAUGUUAAUCAAAUUAUGCGUGAACUCGCGGCACUGGUGCAUCAACAAGGUGAUACUAUUGAUACAAUUGACAACCAUAUAGAAAAUGUGCACGGCAAUGUCGAGUUAGGGGCGCAGGAAUUGGAGAAGGGAAGUAAUUACCAAAGUAAAUUUCGUCGGAAAGUUUAUAUCUUGUUGUUACUUGCAAUUAUAGUUGCCAUUGUAUUAACUGUUAUUCUAGUCAUUAAAUUAAGUUAGCGACUCUAGCCUUUGUGCGCGGGUCUUACUAAUAAACGAAAAGGGUUGUCUCAAUCUAUCUCACAUGUCGUUGAAAAGUAGUUUCGUCAAGGACCAUCUCAUUUUGCCCGUUUUUGUAUAUUGGAGAUGUAACGAAAGAGAGUAUAGAGACUUAUUUUAUAUCUGCUUAUGAAUGGAAUUGUCUCCUCUAUUUUUGGAGAUGUCAGCCAUUUUUAAAUUUUAUAAAACAGUAUUUAUAUAAUAAUUUCACAUGUAAAAUAUGAAUUUUUAUAAGCUUUUUUUAUUCUGUUUUUACAGUCUAGUUGAAUUAUUAUUGAAUAAAUUAUUAGAACAUUGAUAAAGGCUAAUAAUGCCUUCAUCAUUUUUCUCACAUGCCUAUCUUAUGUUACAUAAUUGUUAUUCAAAUAAUAUUAUAAUUUUUUAUAUUUGAAUAAAAUUUCUUAUUUUAAAAACAAAAUUCGAUUGAUUAUAUAAAAAUUUCUUUUCUAUUACAUAAAUUUUUUUUUAUCUACUGCUUCCAGCUUUAAUGGUGAUACAAAAAUAUUCGCGUCAGUAACAGAAAUUUGUUGAUAUAAGUUUAUAAUUUGAAACAUAUAUUAUUACAUAUCAAUUUAAUUGGCGCGUUUUCUUAGCAAAAUCCAUACAUAUUUAACGUUGCAAUUAAAAGAAUUAUAUUCUAAACACAAAAAUGUAUAAACAGAUUUAUAAAUAGGUAAAAGAAAAUAAGUUUUGCGUAUGAGUGUGAAACUGCACAAGUAAAAUGUCUAUUGUCACAUGAAAAAAUUAUAUUAGUAAGACAUAUAAUUAUAAUCAAAUUGAUACAAAAUUACAUAUAUUUUAAUCACGUUAUAUCAAGUAUUUCAUAUACUGAUCCGAAUUAUUGAACAGAAUAAAUCAACAUUAUUCAACAUAUGAAUACUAUAAUCGUAAUUAAUAAAUUUGUGUAAAACAAGGUCAAACUAAAGUAGACGAAAAUUACAAGAGCAUUAUAAUUAGUACUGUAAUUGGCACAUAUUGGUAUGUAAUCAAUUAGGAAAGUAUUGUUGUGGCAACUCUUAUAAUAAAAUUGUAUUACUUGACUUAGUUAAUGCAAAUUAAAGAUUAAAAUUAUGCGUUUUUCUGAAUAGCAGUAUCAUUUAAGUCGCGUGUAUAUUUUAUAUAUUCAAAUUUGUAUGUUUAUUCUAUCUAAUAAAUAUAAAAUUCCAAUUUUAUUGGAAAUUUGUCAUAAAACAUGCAGGUGCUAAUUAUUAAAAAUAAUAAUUAUAUAUUAUUUCAUAUAUGCCACAUUUAUAUGAAAUAAUUUUUAUGAAUAGCAGAAUUAUAUAUUUUUUAAAAUUUAUAUUAAAUUUCAUUUAAAAAAUGAUUUAUAGGUAAUGUAUUGUAACAAAUAUAUACAAAGUAUUAAUUGUGUCUUGAAUUUUCUUUAAGAAUGGGAUAUUAUUGCGCCGUAGAUUAUUUAAUCACUGUGUUUUAAUAAUUGUUUAAAAAAUGCCGCCUAUAUUUAAAAUUUAUAUACUGUCAGACACAAAAAAAUGAUUGAGACAGCCAUUUUCCUACGAUUACUCUGAUAUAAUUAUUAGGCAUUCCGGAUCUUAAAAAUCCAGUACAUAAUUAUUAAGAUUAUAAUCUGAAUAUUGUACAUACAACUAAUCAUUAACAUCAUUUAAAUAAAUAGUGCUAUGAUAUUGAUAUCAAUAUUUACGCUUAAUAUCAAGUAUAAUAGCUUUAUUAUCAUUGUUGAUUUGUAUGUGCUAAAUUAAUAUUAGGCAUUAAAUUAUGUUUUGUUCUUUGCAAA